AUGUCUACCACAAUGACCAGAGAAUUCCUGGAGAAUUAUAGAUUUGGAAUUCUUGAGUAAUAUAUGAAAAAUGUAGCAUCAGCAAGGAUUCUCUCUUAAAAUGUAGAAUUCAAUACCUCAGAGGCAAGCUACGAAGUUACAUUAAGUGAUGCUUAGGUUAUUGGCCUUAAAGUAGAUUUAGAUAAAUCUCAAUUCUAGUUGCUGGAAUUCUCUCCAAAUAUAAUCAUGACUCUAACUAAUUUAAACAUUGAUAUGAGCUUUAUAUAUGAGAUUCACACCACUCCUAAGAUUAUGGAGGAUAAUAUAGGUGCUGGUUUCAUUUAAUUCUAUGACCUUGACAUUUUAAUUGAAAUUACGCCCUAUAUUAGCAAGAACCAAAUAUCAAUAGAGGUAAAUAAUGUGAAAUUAUCAGUAUACAAAGAUGUGAGUUUAAAACUCUAGGGUAUAGAUCUCUCAGCUCACAUUUAAAGCUUUGGAGGACUUCUUAAGGAUAAGAUUAGACUUUAGCUAUUGAAUGAUUUCUAGCAAACUCUAAUCAAUGUAGCACUUUUGACAAAUACCUAGAUGGCUGAAAAUAUACCCUCACAUUUCAUAAUUUAGAAUUAGAUCGUACUUAAUAACCUGGUUAGAGAUGAGCAGAUAAAAAUAACUGAGAACUACUGGUCGAUCGGAGGAGAUGGCACAUCUUAUGUAAAUAAAGGUACAGUUGAAUUCAACGACCAACCGAUAAUCCUUGGUGAAUAUGAUUCUUAAGCAGGUGAUUACUAAGUUUACAUCUCAAAUUUUUCAGCAAGCACAAUGGUAAGAGUGGCUUAAUCGACAUAGAGAUUCCGUUUGAUGAACCUCACUAUUCCUUUAGAUAUGGUAGCUUCUAUAAUCAAAGGUGCAGAUAAAGUUUAUAAAAACUAUUUUGAAACUCAGAUAGAGAUAGAUUUCUCUAAAGAAGAGCUUUCUAAUGUUACUUUCAACGAAAAUGGCACAUUCAUUUCAGCUGUGAUAGAUAUUCGCAUUAAAAAUCCUAUGACUUUUAAUCAAGAUAUGGUUGCAAUGUAAGUGCUGAUGAAAAUGAAGAUGAACAUUACCAUCAAUGACGAUUUCGAAUUCAAAGCAGCAAUAGAAUCUACUAAGUCUGAAAUCAUUCACUUCUAGCCUUAUUUCUACACUGGUUCAAACAGCUAUACAAUUUAAUCACACAUUAAGAAGAUUAAUGCCUUACUUAUAGACAAGAUAAACCCAAUAAUAGGCAGUGUAUUCAAUAUCCCAUAACUCAAAGUUAACAAGGAUUUUCUUAAAGAUCCUAAAAUCAAAACUUUCAGAGGGUUUAUUUAAAUUUCUGCGAAUCCUAAGGAGCCUUAAGAUCAAUAGAAGAAGCUAAAAUUUGAAACUGAUCUUGGGGAUAACUACCAUUAUGUCAACUACCAGUACAUAUAUUUGAUUGAGAAUAACAUGGUUAAACUUCUUAAGAAACAUAAGCAACCUUAAGCUGUAAGUAAAUCAGGCGACCAAUAGACCCAUGAGAAAGAUGAAUUGUGA